AUGGCCAAUCAAGAAGAGAACAAUCAGGUAGAGAACAAGCUGUUGAGAGACUAUGCUGCGCCAAGUGCUAGAGGCCUGAGAUCUAGUAUUAGAAGGCCUCCAAUUGAAGCAAAUAACUUUGAACUGAAGCCUGCUUUACUGAAUAUGAUCCAACAACAUCAGUUUGGAGGAGCACCUACGGAGGAUCCAAAUCUUCAUAUGGAAGUGUUUCUGGAAUUCUGUGAAACUCUUAAAUAUAAUGGAGCCUCUGCAGAUGCGAUCAGAUUGCGACUUUUCCCUUUCUCUUUAAGGGACAAAGCACGAGCUUGGUUACAUUCGCUUCCAUCGGACUGUAUCACAACAUGGGAGCAACUCGAGCAGAAAUUUUUAGAUAAGUAUUUUCCACCAAGCAAGACUGCUUCACUCCGUCACCAAAUCACAAAUUUUACGCAAAAAGAUGGAGAAUCUCUUUUCGAAGCUUGGGACCGAUUUAAAGGACUACUGCAGCAAUGCCCACAUCACGGACUGGAGAAAUGGCUCGUAAUCCAUACCUUUUAUAACGGAAUUUCCUACUCUACUAAAGUCUCUUUAGACUCUGCUGCAGGUGGUGCGCUCAUGAACAAAACCUUAGAGGAGGCAUUCGAUAUUAUCGAAAGCGUGGCAUUGAAUCAUCACCAAUGGGCGAUAGAGAGAGAGAAUCCUGUUCGAUUGGCAGGUAAGUAUGAGGUGAGCGCUUUAGAUAGUCUUGCGGCAAAAGUUGAUGCAUUAACCUAUAAAUUUGAGAAUUUUAAUGUUAAUGCUGUUUCUAGUAUCAUCUGUGAGAUUUGUGGAGUGACAGGACAUUCAGCUAUGAAUUGCCAAAUAAUGGUCACGCAACCUACCGGAGCGCAGGUAGAACAAGUUGAUGCGAUAAAUAACUAUGCUCAAAAGCCAAACAACAAUCCGUAUUCAAAUACCUACAAUCCGGGAUGGAGAAAUCAUCCAAAUUUUUCCUACAGAAAUAGUCAAAAUCAAUCCGGGCAGAAUAAUUAUGGAGCGUCUGGAGGAUUUCAGCAAGAGAAGAAGUCUAACUUGGAAGUUAUGAUGGAAAACUUCAUUGCUACCCAAUCGAAACAAAAUGAUGAAUAUCGACAACACAUGGUGGAAUCUAAUCGGAAGCAUUCAGAGACAGCCGAAGCAAUCUCCCAGAUAUCCGGUAAGAUAGAUAAUUUAGCGAAUCAUACUAAAAUGUUGGAAAAUCAACUUGCGCAGGUCGCCGAUUCGCCCUCGAGAGUACCAGGGAGAUUUUCGGGAAGACCAGAAACAAAUCCUGCGGAGCAUUGUAAUGCGAUUACCUUGAGGAGUGGAAAGAGAGUAAAUGAGCUCAAGGAUAACCCAAAGCUAUUUCCGGACAGAGAAGAACACGACCAGGACGUGGUGAUUAGCACGCCCGUGCCAAUCACCGAGAGAUCCUCCAGCGAACAGCACGCCCGUGUCGGAAUGAACAGCACGCCCGUGUCAUUCUCUACUUCUGAAAAAAAAAAAUAUCUGAAGGCCAAAAAUCCCCACACUUAG